UAUGUUUUCCUUUUUAUUUAUUUAUUUAUUAGAAUGCAAGACGGGUCCUUGUGCCUUGGGGUUGUUGUGGCUGUGUUAUGAAGGAAGUCGAGUUCUUCGAUCCCGCAGUUUUAUUUUGGGAAUUUGUUUGGAGGGGUUUGUGCCUGAUGUGUUUGUUUGGUUCUUGAGUGGAAAUGGAGGCGCUUGCUGACAGCCACAAUGAGGAUAGCCCCAGCAGGAUUCAGCCGUUGACUUCAUCAGGGCAACGGGUAGAUUCUUCAGCCGAAGUCCCCAAAAAAUCAUCAAAAGUUGUAAAGCCAAGUGGAAUGGUCCUGAGCUCGAGAACAUUCGAUACUAUUUCUUCCAUGAAUAAGCGAAUACAAGGCGCUACACAAAAUUAUAUCAGUUCCAGUAGGUCUAAAGUGACUGCAACAAAGACGGUUGUGAGCUCGAAUGUUGCUCCAUCACAGAGGAGAAAUAGCACAGGAGAUAUACUACCAACAAGACCAUCUUCAGCAUCCAAAUUGAAGGAAAAUGGAGCAGAAAAUGGUAAAAAAAUUGUUCCUUCAGUUUCUGAUCCUGGAAAGAGAAGUAGCCUUGAAAACAGACGCAUGUCACUGCCUUCUGUUUAUUCCAAAGUGCCUGUUAGUGUAGCACGUUCAGAGACUAUAAAAUCAUCUCCUGUAUCUCGUUUAUCCUUGAAGUCUGAUGUUUCCAAAACAGAUGUAGUGCGGAAGACAUCUACCAAACCUCCUGUUCCAGCAUCAGUUGCUAGGAGGGUUACCUCUUCUUCAGUGGAUGGAUCCAUCGGCCACAAUAGUUUAACAAAAGUGACUUCUAAUACUUCUCCGUCAGCAGCACAUUCGCCUUCUGCUACAGGCAACUUUAAGCAGCGCUCAAUGUCUUCAUCUGUUGGUAGGGUUUCGUCUUCAUCAAGCCGGAAGAAGACUUCUGCUCUAGAGGGUCGAGAUUCUCGCUUCAUGAUGCUUCCACAGGUGGAUGUCAAGGCUGGGGAUGAAUUGCGACUUGACUUAAGAGGACACAGAGUAAAAGCUCUAAAUGCCUUGACUUUGCCACCAAGUCUAGAGUUCGUUUACCUUAGGGACAAUCUUCUAUCAUCAGUGGAGGGAAUUGAGAUAUUAAAAAAAUUGAAGGUACUUGAUCUGAGUUUUAAUGAUUUCAAAGGGCCUGGUUUUGAGCCUCUUGUGAAUUGCAAAGGUCUCCAGCAACUCUAUCUUGCUGGAAAUCAAAUAGCAUCACUUGCUACUCUUCCUCAACUUCCAAAUUUGGAGUUUCUUUCUGUUGCUCAAAACAAGUUAAAAUCACUCAACAUGGCUAGUCAACCUCGACUGCAGGUGUUAGCAGCUAGCAAAAAUAAGAUAUCAACUUUGAAGGGAUUUCCAUAUUUACCUGUUCUUGAGCAUUUGCGUGUGGAGGAGAAUCCUAUACUGGAGAUGCCUCACUUAGAAGCAGCUUCAAUAUUGCUCAUUGGCCCUACAUUAAAGAAGUUCAAUGACCGAGAUCUUUCUCUUGAAGAAAUAGAAGUUGCAAAGCGAUACCCCGCUCGUACAGCUUUGUGCAUUAGAGAUGGUUGGGAAUUUUGCCAUCCAGAGCUUGCUGAUGUAUCAACCUUUUCAUUCCUAGUGGAUAAAUGGAAGGAUAGUAUUCCUCCUGGCUACAUACUUAAACAAGCCUCUAUUGACCAACCAUUUGAAGAAGAUAUCUGCCAUUGUCACUUCAAAUAUGCAAACAUUAGCUCUGACUUUGAGCUAGCCCUCAAAUAUCAGUGGUUCAUAGGAGAAAGAACUCUUUCUAACUUUGAGCCUAUUGCAGAUGCUGUGGACGAGGUAUACUGGCCAAAGCAUCAUGAUGUUGGAAAAUAUUUGAAGGUUGAGUGCACUCCAAUUAUGAAUGGUGUUCAGUACCCUUCUGUUUUCGAAAUAUCUUCACUUGUUUCCCCUGGAACUGGAUAUCCUAAAGUUUUAAAUUUGAGUGUGCAUGGUGAGCUUGUGGAGGGAAAUGUGAUAAGAGGUUCUGCUGAGAUUGCAUGGUGUGGUGGAACUCCAGGUAAAUGUGUUGCAAGCUGGUUGAGAAGAAGAUGGAAUAGCAGUCCAGUAGUUAUAGUUGGAGCAGAAGAUGAGUAUUAUAAAUUAACAGUAGAUGACAUUGAUUCAAUUUUGGUGUUCAUGUACACCCCAGUUACUGAGGAAGGUGUCAAGGGAGAACCACAAUAUGCAAUGACAGACUUUAUUAAAGCUGCUGCUCCAUCUGUGAAAAAUGUGCAGGCUAUAGGAGAUGCUGUUGAAGGAAAUAUAAUAAAAGGUGUUGGAGAGUAUUUUGGUGGUAAAGAAGGUCCAAGCAAGUUCAAGUGGUUGAGAGAGAGCAGAGAUUCAAGUAUUCGUGAACUUGCAUCAUCUGGUACCAAUGAGUAUAUUGUAACCAAAGAAGAUAUUGGAAGAAGACUAUUGUUUGUUUAUAUUCCCAUUAAUUUUGAAGGCCAGGAAGGAACAUCAGUAUCUUCCAUAACAGAGGUUGUUAAGCAAGCACCUCCAAGGGUAACCAAUUUGAAGAUCGUUGGAGAUCUUAGAGAAGGGAACAAGGUGACUGUUAGUGCUUCUGUUACUGGGGGAACUGAGGGAUCUAGCAGAGUCCAGUGGUUCAAAACUACCUCCCCAAAGUUGGAAGGUGAAAAUGGUCUUGAACCACUUGGUGCUUCUAAAAUUCCAAAGGCAUUUCGUAUUUCACUUAGUGCUGCUGGUCAUUACCUUGUUGUGAAAUUUACUCCUAUGUCUCCUGAUGGUGAAGCCGGCGAACCAGCAUAUGCUAUAUCUCAAAAAGUUGUUGAGAGUAAGUUUCAUGCUCUUCCACCAAGUCUAAAUUUUCUGUCACUCACUGGUAACUUCUCUGAGGGUGAGAUAGUGACAGCAUCAUAUGGUUAUAUUGGAGGACAUGAGGGGAAAAGCAUAUACAGUUGGUAUCUUCAUGAAAAUGAAACUACGAAUGGUUCGUUAAUACCAGAGGCAUCAGGACAGCUUCAGUAUCGGAUUGCAAAGAAUGCUAUUGGAAAAUUUAUUUCUUUUAAAUGCACACCUGUCAGGGAUGAUGGUAUCAUUGGUGAGCCACGAACGUUCCUUGGGCAAGAAAGAGUUCAACCAGGUAGUCCACAAGUGCUUUCUCUGAAAAUAAGUGGUGAGGCUAUUGAAGGAACCACGUUGGUCGCUGAGAAAAAAUAUUGGGGCGGAGAAGAAGGGGAUUCUGUAAUACAAUGGUUCCUGACUAGUCCUGAUGGAAUGAAAAAUGUAAUUGAAGGUGCUACAACUUCAUCAUAUACACUGACAGUCAGGGAUAUUGGUUUGCUUGUUUCUGUUUCCUGCGAACCUGUUAGAAUUGAUUUGGCUCAUGGCCCUAUUGUUACUUCAGAAUAUGUUGGUCCUGUUAUACCUGGCCCUCCAUCUUGUCGAUCACUGGAGUUUGUUGGGUCAAUGAUUGAAGGAGGCUGCAUACGAUUCAUUGCUGAAUAUACUGGAGGUGAAAGAGGAAAUUGCAUCCAUGAAUGGUUUAGGUUGAAGAAUACUAGCAUGAAGGAUAAACUUGUUGUAGAUGAUUAUCUGGAUUUAAGUAUUGCUGAUGUUGGUGCACGAAUUGAGCUUGUCUAUACACCUGUAAGGGCAGAUGGACAAAUGGGGUCUCCAAGGAGCAUCAUUUCAGAUAUUAUAGUUCCCGCGGAUCCUAAGGGCAUUGAGCUUGUCUUGCCGAGCUGUUGCGAGGAUAAGGAAGUUAUUCCUCAGAAAUCAUACUAUGGUGGGAUUGAAGGAACUGGGAAGUAUAUUUGGUACAGAACUAAAGAGAAAAUGGACAAAUCAGAACUUGUGAACAAGGCUGCAAUUUCUGAUGGUGCAUUGGUUGUUGGAGAAGCUUUAACAUAUACGCCCUCAGUUGAAGAUGUAGAUUCCUAUUUGGCCGUAUAUUGGGUGCCUACACGAGCAGAUGGCAAACUAGGUGAUCCAGUUGUUGCAUUUAGCAGCCACCCUGUCAUGGCAGCUCACCCAUCUGUUUCGGAAGUAUGUAUAAAAAAACUUAGUUUGGGUGUAUAUGCUGGUGAGGGAAAAUAUUAUGGUGGAUAUCAGGGAUCAAGCCUAUAUAGUUGGUACAGAGAAACUAAAGGAGAUAUAAUUCUUAUCAAUGGGGCUAAUUCCACCACAUAUGAGGUUACAGAUUCAGAUUAUACUUGCCGUCUGUUAUUUGGCUAUACUCCUGUUCGGUCUGAUGCACUUGUGGGAGAGCUCAAGCUAUCAGAACCCUCUGAUAUUAUUCUUCCAGAGGAACCAAAAAUUGAGGCACUUUGUUUUAGAGGGAAAGAAGUUGAAGGAGAAAUACUUACAGCUGUUGAAGUAAUUCCUAAAAGUGACAUUCAGCAUCAUAUCUGGAACAAGUACAAGAAAGAGAUUAAAUAUCAAUGGUUUUAUUCAAAUGGAGAUAGAGAGCAGAGGUCCUUUGAACCACUUGUAUCUCAGGUGUCUUGCUCAUAUAAGGUGCAGUUUGAGGAUAUAGGCCGAAGUUUGAAAUGUGAAUGCACCAUCACAGAUGUGUUUGGAAGAACAAGCAAUACUGUUUCAGCACAAACAUCUUCUAUAUCACCAGGGAUACCCAAGAUUGAUAAGCUGGAAAUUGAAGGAAGAGGCUACCACACAAACUUAUAUGCUGUUCGAGGUAUUUAUAGUGGGGGUAAAGAAGCCAAGAGCAGAAUCCAGUGGCUUAGAUCAAUGGUUGGAAGUCCUGAUUUAAUCUCCAUACCAGGGGAGACAGGUAGGAUGUACGAGGCUAAUGUUGAUGAUGUAGGAUACAGGCUGGUAGCAGUUUAUACCCCGGUAAGGGAAGAUGGGGUCGAGGGACAACCUGUUUCAGCAUCAACAGAUCCAAUUUCAGUUGAGCCUGAUAUUUAUAAAGAAGUGAAGCAGAAACUGGAACUAGGAUCUGUGAAAUUUGAGCAGGUACUUUGUGAGAAAGACAGGUCUGCAAAGGAGGCUCCAGGUGCAGGAAAUCUUGAAAGAAGAAUUCUAGAAGUUAACAGAAAAAGGGUCAAAGUUGUUAAACCUGGUUCUAAGACUUCAUUUCCGAAUACCGAAAUUCGUGGAACCUAUGCCCCUCCUUUUCAUGUUGAGCUAUACCGGAACGACCCGCACCGAUUCAAGAUUGUAGUAGACAGCGACAAUGAAAUGGAUUUGAUGGUGCAAACUAAACACUUGUGUGAUAUCAUUGUCCUCGUGAUAAGAGGCUUCGCCCAGCGAUUCAACAGCACUUCCCUAAAUUCACUUCUGAAGAUAGAAACUUGAUUGUCGUGUCCUCGAACUAAUUUCAUCGUACGGUGGUGAUCUUGUUGCCUAAGGUUGUUGCGGGUUGUGAGCAUCCAUCGGCAUUGUGAUUUUAGCUGUAGGGUUUGGAUCUUGUGUAUGAUUGAUCGAUUUGUCUGUGGAUGCUUCGAUCCAAGGGAUGUGUUUUCUUUAGCAAGAACUUGCUUUUGCUAAUGAUGUGUGUAUAUAGAAUGUCUAGCAAUGGAAGAUCAUGUUCGUGAAGAUUUUAAAUGAAUCAUGCUCAUUUGAAAACUA